AACUCACCUCAACUCUCUCUGCACACACACACACACUCUCUCUUUCUCUCUCUCUGUCUAAGCACCUAAGAGCAAAAGAGAGCUUCCAAGGUUUCCCAAAUGGCAGAGGAAGAGAACUGUGUGCGCAUCACUCGCGCAGCCGAAAAGAGAGCCUUGCCUGCAGCUUCAGGCUCACCUAACAAGAAGCGCGUGGUGUUGGGGGAAAUUCCGAACUUUUCAAACGUUGUUGUUCCGGUGAAUACCAAGCCUGUAACGAAGACAAUAACGACAACGUUAAUAAGCACAACAAAGGGUAGUCCCACAAAGGUGGAAACCGAUGCCAGUUAUGAUGAUCCUCAACUUUGUGGAGCUUAUGCCUCCGACAUUGAUGACUAUCUUCACAAAAUGGAGAUGGAAUCAAAGAGAAGGCCAUUGCCGAAUUACCUUGAGAAGGUUCAGAAGGAAGUUACUGCUAACAUGAGAGGGGUUUUGGUGGAUUGGUUGGUUGAGGUUGCAGAGAAGUAUAAGCUUCUUCCAGACACUUUGUAUCUCGCUAUUUCAUAUAUUGAUAGAUUCCUAUCUUUGAACGUUGUCCAUAAGCAGAAGCUUCAAUUGUUGGGUGUUUCUUCAAUGCUAAUUGCCUCGAAGUAUGAAUCAUUAAACGAAAGGAAGUAUGAAGAAAUUAUUGCUCUAGAUGUGGGUGAUUGUUGUUACAUUUUGGUGAAUGCAUAUCCUAAGGAGGAGGUGGUGAAGAUGGAGGCUGAUAUACUCAAGUCACUAAAGUUUGAAAUGGGCAAUCCUACAGUGAAGACAUUUUUAAGAAGAUUCACUAGCGUUGCUCAAAAGAACAACAAAAGUCCCAAUUUGCAGUUAGAGUUCCUUGGGUAUUAUCUUGGGGAGUUAAGUUUAUUAGACUAUAACUGUGUGAAAUUCUUACCUUCCUUGGUGGCUGCAUCAGUUAUCUUUCUUGCAAAAUUUAUCAUUCAACCAAUGAUACGUCCUUGGUGCGCAACACUGCAACAAUAUUCUGGAUACAAACCAGCUGAUUUAAAGGAUUGUGUUCUUAUCAUACAUGACUUGUAUGUUAGUAGAAGAGGAGGCCCUUUACAAGUCAUAAGAAAGAAAUACAAGCAGCAUAAGUUCAAAUACGUGGCAAGUAUGCCUUCUCCUCCAGAAAUACGUGCUUCUUACUUUGAAGAUCCAAAAGAAUGACAGAUUGGUAUUUAGGUUAUUUAUGGAUGACCAAGUAGAAAAGUCGAAUGUGGGAUGGAAACGGAUAUUUCAUUCAGUAGAAGAUUUGCUUUCAGUUGCACUGGCUAAUGUUGAUUGAUGGGAGUUCUGCAAACUACAUUAUGUGCUGUGAAGGUUGGCAAAAUUCUUUUGGAUGAUUGCUGUGGCAGGAGGUUUUAGGAUGGACAAAUUUCUGCUAAAAGUCAAACUUCAUAAGUUCACAAACUAAUUUGUGAAUACA